GACGGACGGAGCAGAGCACACUUUAACAUGCAUCCUGACAGCUCAUCAAAACACUGGCCAUUCUCCCAUUACAUAGGCUGGAACGGGGAUCAAAUCAAGCAAUAAAAUGUUAUUUUGGGAUUCUUGCCGACUCAGAAACCAAGCCUUACAGUGGACCAUCUGUUGAUCAACUAAACAUCGAUUGCAACAGGUGCUUGUGCUCGGUGCCUGGUAUGUUUUGGCCAGUUGCCUGUCUGUGCUAAAACAAGGGUUCAAAAGUCCUCGGCUGACUCACCGUUGGCAGUCCAGAGAGACAGUGUGGCUAACUGCCUCUCUCGCAAAGUACAGUCUACAACACUGUGUAGGCUGCAUCACGUUUCAGUAUCGAUGACUGAGGAGUGCAACAUGACUCGCAUCAAUAGCUCCCUGUUGAUGAUAAGACAGCACUGAACCCGUCCGCCUUCGCUAUGUCCGAGUAUCCCGAAGGAGACAGUUGUCUACUUCAGCUGCAGGAAGUGGACUCCAACAGGGUGGGAGGUCACGUCCUCUCUCCUGCCUUUAACUCUUCCUCUCCAUCUCUGUCGGUGGAGAGCCACCCCAUCUGCAUCCCAUCACCCUACACAGACCUCAGCCAUGACUUCUCCACCCUGCCCUUCUACAGUCCUGCUCUGCUGGGGUACGGCGCGUCGCCUCUCUCCGACUGCCCAUCUGUGAGGCAGUCGCUAAGCCCCUCCCUCUUUUGGCCACCUCAUAGCCAUGUUUCUUCGAUUGCGUUGCAUCAGCAACAGAAUCGACUGCAACAAAACCACCCAGCUGGUGGGACCUGGGCAGAUCUUACACCACAUGAUCACAGCGAAGAGGAAUACUGCAAACCGCUGGCGAAGAGGGUAGGAGAUGCAGAGGAGAGUUCUACUUCUUUGAGAGGUAAAGCUGACAUGCACUACUGCGCCGUCUGUAGCGAUUACGCCUCCGGGUAUCAUUAUGGCGUGUGGUCGUGUGAAGGAUGCAAAGCCUUCUUCAAGAGAAGUAUACAAGGACACAAUGACUACAUCUGCCCCGCCACCAACCAGUGCACCAUCGACAAGAACCGCCGCAAAAGCUGCCAGGCCUGCCGUCUGCGAAAAUGUUAUGAAGUUGGAAUGAUGAAAUGCGGGUUACGGCGAGAUCGUGGUAGCUACCAACAAAGAGGAGGACAGCAGAAACGGCUGGCACGAUUCUCUAGCAGGAUGAGAACAUGUGGCCCGAGAUCUCAAGAAAUCAAAAGUGUCCCACGACCCCUCGGUGGAAAUAAGGUGCUUAAUAUAGCCUUGAGCCCCGAGGAACUAAUUGCUCGAAUCAUGGAUGCAGAGCCACCCGAGAUUUACCUCAUGAAAGACAUGAAGAAGCCAUUCACUGAGGCCAACGUCAUGAUGUCGCUGACCAACCUGGCCGACAAAGAGCUUGUUCACAUGAUCAGCUGGGCCAAGAAGAUCCCAGGUUUUGUGGAGCUCAGUCUUUUUGACCAGGUCCAUUUGUUGGAGUGCUGCUGGUUGGAGGUGCUGAUGCUGGGACUGAUGUGGCGGUCCGUUAAUCACCCUGGAAAGCUCAUUUUCUCCCCAGACCUCAGUCUCAGCAGGGACGAAGGCAGCUGUGUGCAGGGGUUUGUGGAGAUCUUUGAUAUGCUGCUGGCAGCCACAUCCAGGUUCAGAGAACUGAAGUUACAGAGAGAGGAGUAUGUGUGUCUCAAAGCCAUGAUCCUGCUCAACUCCAACAUGUGCCUGAGUUCGUCUGAGGGAGGAGAGGAGCUGCAGAGCCGGUCGAAGCUGCUGUGUCUGCUGGACUCGGUGACGGAUGCUCUGGUGUGGGCCAUCUCCAAGACGGGCCUGAGCUUCCAGCAGCGCUCCACCAGACUGGCUCAUCUGCUCAUGCUGCUCUCCCACAUAAGGCACCUCAGUAACAAAGGCAUGGACCACCUCCACUGCAUGAAGAUGAAGAAGAUGGUUCCUCUGUAUGACCUGCUUCUGGAGAUGCUGGAUGCUCAUAUCAUGCACAGCUCCCGUCUGUCUCACUCCGGCCCUCGAGUGGCUCCUGCUCCUAAAGAGAGCAAAGUCGCUCAGGAGGCCUUCGCCUGCACUUCUCAGCAUGGAGAGACCUUAGGAGCCUCAACCAUUUCUGUGCUGAGGAAUGAUCUAUAGUUUUGGGAGAAUGGACAACAAAAACAGCCGCGCAGAAAAAGUGGAAUACAAUUUCUCAAGCUAAAAAACAUUUUCUUUUUAAAAAAUUUGGCGUUUGCUGUGAAAUCCUCUUUUUCUUUUUUUAACAGAACUCAUUUUGAACACAGUUGUUUUGUUGUAUGUAGCCGUGAACACGCAACACAAAGAAAAGUCCUUCACUUUUUACAAAACCUUAUUAAUUGCCGGUGGUUUAAAAACUGGUUACCAUUUGCUUUUUUGAAAUGUAACAUGUAACACAUAUCUGAAAUCUGCACCACAAUCGAAUGUACACUUUCUAUUUCUACGCUUAUCAUUUCCUCCUCUUUCUAAAAAGUACAUUUGCAACUCUUGCUUUUUGUGAAGGCCAAAAGAAAAUCAGCUGCAGCAACUGCUGUAGAUAGAGCGACUAUUGAAGACGCUGUCAGAACAAACAGAUUCGAUUCCUUCACUUUCAAAACGACAAUAUGAGCAGUCAGUGCUGAAGAUGAGAGAGGUUUGUAUGCAGUGGGAGCAGAGACCAAAGGCUCAGAAGAACUGAAUCAAGCCUUUUUUUUCUGUCAGGACUUACAUUAGUAGGGCCAAAUUCAGGACAGCUGGAUGGAUGUUAUGUUUGCAUCUAUUACUUUUCACAAAACAGAAGCUUGUUCAUCCUGCUCUCUACCCAGUAAACCCUUUAACACCAUAACAGCCUUGUACAAAGCAUUUAUACAUUUUCUAAAGACAGCUCAAUCGAUUGCUACUAUUCCACUGUGAAAAUCUGUUUGUAAGAUGCACCAUAUGUACCAAAAAAGUACUUGUGAUAUUGCACUUUAAUAUUUCUCUGAACUAUCUGAAGCCCUAUCUUGAGAAUUAUAUAUACAGUAGUCAACAUUUGAAGUGCAUCAAAACCUUAAACUAAAACAAUACCCAUUCUUGUCUUAGGACAACUUUUAUGCUCCACUUCAAAUGUUGACUACGCUAUAUAAAGAGUUUGUUUGCAAAAACAGGUAACUCCAUUUUUAACAUUUGUCACGUUUUUUUUUUUCAUUGUUCAUUCCAGUUAAUCUCAAUUAAACUGCCGUUGGCUUAUUUUUACUGGGUUAAAAAAAACCUUAACAUUAUAAAAUACAUGAUUUUUGGAAAAAAAAAUGAUUUUCAGCUUUUUGCAAAUAAUCUCUCUCUCUCUCUGUGAGUGUGUGUAUACAUAUACAUAUACUUUUUGUACACACACACACACAUAUACAUAUAUUGCAGUGCCUACAGUGCUUACAGCCUAGAUGACAAAAACUAAAAAUUGUAUACAGGUAAAGAGGAAAUGUGUUACAAGAUACAGAGUUGUAACAAGUACUUAAUUGUAAUAAACGCACAGAUUAUUUAUAAAUGUUAUUGUAUCCGCCGGCAGCCAUCUGGAUUGUAACGGUUUUGAUAUAUAGCACUAAUACUGAUUUUGACAAAUUUUGGCAACUAAGCAUUAAAGACAACUGUAACACAGAUAUUGUAGACAGUGUUUAUUUUUGAACAGAACAAAAGUUUCAUUUGCAAAAUGUUUUUGCAAAAUUUCCUUUUCUGUACACAUCUUUGUGUUCUGCCUUGCAGUGCUUAUGUAACACUGUGUUAUUUACAAAGGGGUGUAUUAAAAUGUUUCCAUGUGCAUUUGA